AGCUGCGCUCGGUAGUGAAGUGAAAGCACGUUAUAAAAAAAAAAAAAAUCUCUUUAUUAACAACUGAGGGUUCAUAUAAAAGAUUGGAGACGGUACAGGAUAAUACAAUACAAACAGAGUGGGACUGAAACGUAAACGUGUAAAAAGAGAAUAACAACGAAAGCUAUAAAAAUUAAGAUCCCCAAAAGAGGGAGACUUCCAAGGGCUUCUCGUGGAAAACCCAUGACCACCCUGACCUUCUCCUCUUCAUCUACCUUCGAUCUAGAGGCGGAUGUUUAGAGUAGGCCCGUUCACUCAAGCCAUUCGCGUUACAUUCACUCACUUUUUAACAAAAUUGCUGGGAGAUAGUAUUUUCCUCUCUACAAUUACUUUUCUUUUCAAGUGGAACUUGAAAAAGUUGAUGAGGGAUUAGUCAAGAAGAAAGUGUCUGGAGGAUCAAAACUAUUUGUAGCAGCAGAGGGCAGAAAGCCGAGAUGCCACAUACAAUAAUAAUAGUAUUUAAUAGCACUCAGAGAGCGCAAACCUCCGCCAAGGCAACACCAACGCCCUCACAACGAUUAGCCAGAGAUGAUUUUUAAAAUGAGAAUAUCUGAAAUAAACUCGACUGCUUUCACAAACGAGAAUACUAAAAAGAAACCCGACCGCUCUCAGAAUUAAGUAAAAAAAAUAGGAAAAAUAAUCCAAAAUCCUUGUCCGGUGCCGGAUCGAUCCCCAAAUUCAAGCAGUUCGUGCCAAUCACGAAGCCAAACAUCCCUGAAAGUUUCAUCCGAAUCCAUCCAGCGGUUCUUGAGAUAUCUUGUCCAUGGACAAACAAACGCAACUGAAAACAAUACCUCCGCCUUCGCUAAGACGGAGGAAAUAAUCCUUUCUACUAUAGGCACAAAGCAUGACAUUUUGGGGAAGGGGGCUAAUCGAUUAUGUCGACCCCGAAAGGAUGAAAGGCAAAUUCGACCCCGGCAGAAUUUGAACUCAAAAUGUAGCCACGGGCGAAAUAUCGCUAAGCAUAUCGUCCGGUGCGCUAACGAUUCUGCCAAUAAAAACAUAGUGGUGUCGAUUAAAUUUUACCCGCGAUUUUCCCCCCGACGAAUAAAGGAAAAAUUUUCAUAGUCAAAGGACAAAGAAAAAGAUAUUAUGAAAAAGCAAAACAAAAAACUGCUCCUCUCUCUCCCUCUCGCACACACACAAUCGUAUAUUUCGAUGGUGAGUGUUCAAAUGUUCGACCAACUGAACUACACACUUAUUAAAAUUGCAUGUAAAAAGUUGAGAACUCUCGAGCAGAAACAAAAUAGCAGUGUGCGAUAAGAUUGGACCUCUAGAUUACUUUUGAUAGUUUCUGUCUACCAAAUUUCAUUCACAAAGUUUGGGCUAAAGAUACUUGCCCAAGACGUCACGGUACGAUCGAACCUGAAACCUAGUGAUUGAAAAGCGAGCUUCUUAAUCGUUCAGCCACGCUGCGUUAACUACUCCAAUACAUUUCUACUGACUUGAUUAUUUUCACUUCUCUUUCAUAUUGAUUUUUUUUUUUGCUUAGGCCUAAACAAACAUAACAUUAAAUGAAAGCACAUGCCUUGAAAAUGUAACUGGUUUCAAUUUUAACCUUUGUUCUGGUGACCUAGUUGCGUGAACCAAACAAAAAGUAAAUCGAGAAGGACUAUAUGUGGAUAGUGAUGCUGUUUUCACAGGUUGCAGAUGAGUAAGUUUCCGCUAGAAAGUCAGACGGACUCUUUGAGGAGAGAGAUUAACGCGUUUUUUUAGCAGUGUUAUACUUCUGUCGUCCCUUCUCCCACAGGUUGGUUGUCUUUUCUUUUUCUUAAACUUCAUACAAACAAUCCCGAAAGGAAAGUUCGCAGGAGUUAAAAGUAGUAAAUUACAAAAUUUGAAAAAAAGAAAAUGCAAGCACUAAAGCAGAUAUCAAUAUAAAGAUGGAAUAAAUCUAAAUAAUUACAGACUCAACAUCUUUUAGCAGACACAAUCCAAGUAUUUCCAAGAGUCCUUGCAGUAUAAUUUGAUUCCUCAUCAUUAGACUAUUCAACAUGUUGCUACAAAGAUUUAUCAAAAACUAUCAAUUCCUGCAUCACAAACUGUUGCGGAUAUUCAUUGUUUUACUUCUCUUGGUGCAGAUGUUUGUUGUCAACUACCAGUUGGUACAUUACGAAGAAACACAGACAUAUUGGUGUAUGUUGAUACCAGAUAGUGUAUACUUAGUUCUGUUUAUUGUUCAUAUUUUCUUUAGCUAUAAAAAACAUUUUCAAGGCUAUGAGUUACCAAACCCUGAGCGUAAACAAACUUUUCCCUUUGGACCACUCACUUGGGUGGUUUAUGCAUUGGUUUUAUCAAGUAAACUGAUAGUGGUUUUCACUUCCUUUGCAACAGAGAUGGAAGAUGAAAAUGGAAUCAAUAGUGCAAAUACACUGAGAGCUAUGUUUGGUCUGACAGCAGUUGUAUUCUUCUUGCUGCUAAUGUCUUACCUACAUGACACUACACCUACAAGUCUGAAAACAUUUAUAUAUACAGUUGGAGCUACAGUGCCUAUAGAUUUAUUAGAUACAAUGGAUAUCAUGGAGUUAUUGUAUGAAGAAGAAGAAACAAGAAAAAUAUCAGAAGGUAUGGUAUAUAUGAUAUUGGUGAUCAUCGUUGGCAAUCUAAUGAUACCAAUGUUCCCAUGUACCAUUCUCUAUAUUCAAGAGUUUAAAAGUAAACGUAUUUUUGUACAUUUAAUGAUUGCGCAAAAAGUGAUCCAAAUUGUUGUCAUUAACUUACUGUUCAUGUCAAUUCGACUGAUUCUGUGGCAAGAAUUUGGUCAAGGAUUUUCAGCUUUCAUUGUUAAAAAUAUCUUAGUUAUGGGAAUAUUAUCAUAUGAUCUGUUUCGUAUUUGUAGAGAAAAGGCAGAGGAUGAACAGAGGGAAGAGCCAGUAGUUAAUUACAAAGAAGGAGAAGUCCAUAUGUAAUCUCUGCCCAUCACGAACUAUAUUUCAUUGAUUGCUUACUUUCAAACAGAAAAAGCUUGAUUUUCCUUCUUGAAAAGGAAUUAUCUGUGACUGUUAUGUUAAAUUGCUUGUUUUCUUAAUAAUAUGCUUUACUUAGAUAUAUCCUCUUUCUCCAUUAAAAAUCUCCAACAAAAAAAUCCAUCAUUCAUAUACACAUGAAAUCACUCGAACAAGAUACUAAGGUUUCGUGAUUGAAAGCAAGUUACUUUAAAUGUGUCCUCCUUUAAAUAACUUCACAUCUCAUAAUACUUUCACCAUGUAAGUGAGUAAUUGAAUUAAUGUCUGGUAUUCUGGGUUGAACAGUGAAAGAAAUCUGUAACUUGGAUUUAAACCAGCCACAUCUGGCCAAAAUAUUCUACCUGUUUUAUGUUCAAACUGGUCACCAACUUUACAAUAUCAUUCUGAAAAUUAACAGUUACUUCAUCAAAAUUUCAAAGCUAUAAGAUAAUGCAUGAUUAAUUCAAAAGAAUGUGAAUAAAUAAACCUUGCCUUUGACAGAAUAAUGUGAAUGCUAAAGGAUUAAAGAACUACUGCAAGAUGAGAUAUUCAAAACAAAGAUACACUUGGCUCAACAAAAACUGAAUUGGCACCUUUCAUAAUAACAUAGAAAAGAAAUGCUAACCAGGAAGACACAGUUAGGUAUCUACUUCAUGAAUAUCAACAGAGAAAGUAAUAUGAGAUAGCUAUAAAUUACUUGUGACAUUGCAAUAGAAAAUUCAUCUUAUGCAAACAUAGAAGACAUUAUUAAUGUUGCUGUUCCACAAUAACAGGGCCACAAUAAUUUCCUAAAAUGAUUGGAGAAGAGAAUCAUAUAAAAAGCUACUCAUGGGAAUGACUUCCUCUGCUGGAAAGAAAACAAAGAUAUCAGAGUGGCAAUGAAUAAUGCACCCAGAGCUUUAAAUAUAAUAGUAGCAGGGAUAUUUAAAAAAAACAAACAAACAAAAAACUGCUGCUAUCUUAUGAGAUAGUGAAGAGAAUAUAAAUUGUUGCAAAGGGAUCUGACAAAAAUGCUAUAUCUGAAGCUAUGGAGGAGAAUUGCAAAUUAUUGCAAAAUUGCAAUUACUGUACAAUGACUUAAAUUCAUGUCUAAAUUCAUGUUGAUGCUAAUGAAGAGAAUCAUAGUUUUUCAUGUAGCAAAAAAAGACAAAGGAAAAACUUUCAAAGAUUUUAAGUGUUACUGAAACAUUAUAAACCAACAGUUGGGAAGGAGAAAAUGAAAUAUGGGUCUCAAGUGACUUCUUCCUCUUCUUCACACGCAUCUCAUCAUUAUCCAUUACACAAAGAUUUGUACGCCACUACCCUAUAAAAUAUACCCUUCGAAAGUGUAUUACUGAAUACUCAUAUAUCAAAUAACAUUGCAAUGAUAUCUCAAAACAAAUAUUAACAUAUAGUUCAUGAAUGGAUUUUACAUGUAACUUCCAAAGAUUUCAACACAUUUCAGUAACUUUCCAAAAUGUUAAACAAAUAACUAAUGUAGUUUUAAUUAGAUGUCCUUGAAAUUAGUUUACACUGUGAUAAACUUGCAUGUUCAGAUAAUCCCAAAGGAUUCUGUAACAAAGCUUAUUGUUUUAUAAGCCACAAAUAUGGAAAAACACACUGAAGUAUUUAGUGAGAAAUAGUAAGUCAAACUUCAACAUUAACUGAGGAUAGAAAGAAAGGAGCAUGAUACAACUUUGUGUCUUGGAAAACAACAUACAAUUAAAAGAAUUAAACUAUAUGUUUAUCACAGAAUAAACUGACAUUUAAAAGAAAAUGUGGUAUAUCACUGUUAUAUUUGAUAUUCACAUAAUAGUUACUAUAGACAAUAUUAAUGCAUGGUUGUAAAACAAGUUCAACUUGUGUUUAUACAGAGAUUUACUUAAAACAUGAAUAUUUCAAAAUCCUCUUUGAUAUUGCAUGUACACUAAAUCCUUUUACAACUGUAACAAAAGUACUUGCAGAAGGUGAAUCUUAAGUAAACAAUGGAGAAAGAUUUUCUUUCAGGUUAUUUACUAAAGACUAUGACUUCUUGAAUAAUCAAAGGAUCUAGUUCAUGGGAAGUUUUCAGUCAGAUAAACAAUGAAUCAAUUUUGUAAAAUCAGUUUCUCCUCUACAACCUAUUAUUUUUCAAAGAAUUUUAUAUUUAUCACAGUUGUUAAAAACACAGAGCCGAAGAUACAGCAGAAAAGAAAUGUGAAUAAUAAAAAAUUUUUGUAAUGCUUCUGAA